AUGCCACCACAAUGUACUUUGCGAUUUCCAUCUAGUUUUUCAAAAUCUGUAAAACCAAUAGCGAUAGAUACGGCAAUAAAAGAAAAAUCAUAUAGUAUCGGUAUUCAACAAAAGAUUGAUGAUAGAUUCAUUCAAAAAUCUCUUGAAGAAUCAUUUAUUUUCAAAAUUGAUUUCAAAAAAUCUUCACACCGACAUAAAAAAUCCUCGAGUCAUACCAAAAAACCAACUGAUACGGCUGAAAAAGCGGACAAUGCUUCUCAAAAAUCACCAGAAAAGAAACAUAGACAUAAACAUGAAAAAUCAUCUGAAAUAUCAAAAAAUACAACUGACACAAUAGACAAAACUGAAGAUAAUCUUGGAAAAUCUACAGAAAACGAACAGAAUCUUGAAAUUACACCUGAAUCUCCAACCAAAUCAAAUCAAGAAGAGGAAUUAACUGUAAAAAGUCCUGAUAAGCCUAUAGAUAAGAAACAUAGACAUAGGCAUGGCAUAUCUUCUGAUAAAACCAAAAAUUCUACAGAAACUGUUGAAAAAACAGAAGAAAAGUCACCUGAAAAGAAGCACAGACAUAGACAUGAAAAGUCGUCUGAUAAUAUUAAAAAAUCAACUGAUAAAAACCCUGAAAAAUUUCCAGAAAAGAAGAAGAGACAUCAUCAUGACAAAUCAACAGAAAGUAUUAAAAAUACAACCGAAACAGUUGAUAAAACUGAAGAAACAUCUGAAAAAUCUACUGAUUCCAAACAUAAAUCAAGAAAUGAAAAUUCAUCGCAUAAAUCAAGGUCUAAAUCAGAUGACAGUUAUAUACAAAUAGAUGGACACAAGUUGUUUCUCCAAAACUUGGUGAGUUCUUCGUCAAAAUCGUGUCCAAAAGGUUUUUCGAAAUUUAAUUUCACAACUACGGUCAGUUCUCCAUUGAUGAAUGACUAUUUCCUGCAAAGAUUUGGUCCUGCGUUCUUCCAUAUCCAAAAAAUUGAAAAUUCAAAAGAAAUUAUCAACCUCAAGGUCAACGAAACCGUAAUAAUAACUGAAAACAAUCAAGUAGAUGCAGUCCUGGUUAUAUCUCCUCGAAAACAGUGCCAGAUAAACUUCAAUCUUUAUAAUCAGCCAAUAAAUGGCGAAAACGUCGCAGGAAACGGCCAAUUUCAGCCAACAAAGCACAGACAUCAGAAAUUAAUCGGAACAGCAAUGUACCAAUUUUUGCCAAAACGAGUCCGAAAAAUUUCAAUAGGAACGAUCAACAUAACCGUCGAAACCCUUGAUUCCGCUGAAAAAUACGGAACUCCAGCUUUACCGCUUGAAGAAGACGCUGAGCCCGAAAGUGGAGAACCACCUAAUUCUAAGUUCUACAGAUGGAUUGUUUCGACUGCAAAAACGGCUGACGGAGUGAAAUUUUGCAAAAUUUUAUCAAAUUUUAUUGAUGAAAUCAACAAAGACAUGACUACAUACAAGAAAGCUGUUAAACAGAACUUCGACAUCAUUACAGGCUUUCAUAUUACCACUCCGGAUGAAGAUCUUUAUGUGAUUGAGACUCGAGCUACAGAACCAAGACGUACAUCGAUAUUAAUGAGUAAGAUACUUAAUGAUUCACCUGAAUCCAUACAUAUAACCUCGAAUACAUCGAUUAGCUACCAAUCUCCAAGGUUAUUCAGAAGAUUAGCCUCUGUAUUUCCAACAAUUACAAUUCCUAUAUCUAUUUCUGAGUUAGUUACCAUCGAAGGUUUGUAUUUCAGGAAAUCUGGUUUCUCAUCUCUUUUUUCUGUUUCGCAAAAGAUAUUUGACUUAUUUGGAAUUCACGAUUGUGGAUUAGAUUGUUUCUAUCCAACAUACAGAGAGCUUAGAGAACUCAUAAAACGCGCUAAUGACCUUUAUUUGGCUCCAAUCUCUAAAGGAAUCAAAAUUCGUCCUCCUACAUCUGUUAAUUCGAAAACAUUCGACAGGAGAAACAUAUUAGUUGAUAAGAACACUAAAUCUACUGAUGUUUCUCUUAAAUGUUCAGAAAAUUUCAAAAUUGAAGAAAAAAUUUCAACUCAAAAUGCAGAAAUCAUCAAGCCAGAACGAAACAAACUUGUAUUUCGAUUCCAGAAGAGAACUCCUUCUAUCAAAGACCACAUCCCUAUUUCUCAACCUUCAACAAUGACUUCUAACAAUCCAAGACUUUCCUCGAGAAGAAACAAAAAAUAA